GCUACAAAUGGUUAUCGAUUUCUAGGGCUCUGACUGGUUUCUGAUUAAAGGAAUCAAUUCAGGGGAGAUUUCGAGUUCUGUUGUUGUUACAAAAAUGGCGGAAAGGGUCGAAGCAUCUGUAACAGAAGGAGAAAAUACGAUUGAAGAAAGAGAAGUAGGAGCUAUGUGGGAAUUAGAGCAGAAACUUGAUCAACCCAUGGAUGAAGAAGCUAAUAAGCUCAACGACAUGAAUAGAGAAAAGGGCUUAUCAAUGUUGAUGCUUCUAAGGCUGUCUUUUCAAAGUCUAGGGAUAGUUUAUGGAGAUUUAGGGACUUCUCCAUUGUAUGUGUUCUACAAUACAUUCCCUGAUGGAAUUGAUGAUAGUGAAGAUGUAAUCGGAGCUCUUUCUUUGAUUAUUUACUCUCUGUUGCUUAUACCUCUUAUCAAGUAUGUGUUCAUUGUCUGCAAAGCUAAUGAUAAUGGUCAAGGUGGGACUUUAGCGAUAUACUCUUUGCUUUGUAGACAUGCUAAAGUGAAACUAAUCCCGAAUCAGCACCGCAGUGAUGAGGAUCUCACGACUUAUAGUCGAACUGUAUCCGCUGAAGGGUCUUUUGCUGCUAAAACCAAGAAGUGGUUGGAGGGUAAACAUUGGAGGAAGAGAGCUCUUCUGGUCAUUGUUCUUCUCGGUACUUGUAUGAUGAUCGGUGAUGGGAUCUUAACUCCAGCCAUCUCCGUUCUUUCGGCAACUGGUGGGAUCAAAGUCAUCAAACCAAAUAUGAGCGGCGAUAUCGUUGUGCUUGUGUCAGUUGUCAUUUUGAUAGGAUUGUUCAGUAUGCAACACUACGGUACAGACAAAGUCGGAUGGCUCUUUGCGCCUAUCGUGCUUAUUUGGUUCCUCUUCAUUGGAUCCACUGGGAUAUACAACAUCUGCAAACGAGGUCUUGAUGGUUGGAUAUCGCUUGGAGGCAUUCUUCUCAGCAUAACAGGCACGGAGGCACUAUACGCAGACAUUGCUUAUUUCCCGUUACUAGCAAUACAGCUCGCCUUUACGUUGUUUGUGUUCCCUUGUCUUCUUCUAGCAUACUGCGGACAAGCUGCGUAUCUUGUAAAUCAUAAGGAACAUUAUCAAGACGCGUUCUAUGCAUCUAUCCCGAAUAGUGUAUAUUGGCCAAUUUUCAAGAAUCAAAGCCAAAUCGGAAAUGCAUAUGGGACCGCGGUUGUUCUCGUGAUGCUUGUGACCACAUUGCUAAUGGUGUUGAUCAUGCUGCUCGUGUGGCAUUGCCACUGGAUCCUUGUCCUUAUAUUCACCGUUCUCUCCCUCUUUGUGGAAUUAUCGUACUUCUCAGCCGUGAUCUUUAAGAUCGAUCAAGGAGGAUGGGUUCCGCUCAUCAUAGCAGCGAUAUCUCUUCUCGUAAUGUCAGUAUGGCAUUAUGCAACUGUCAAGAAAUAUGAGUUUGAAAUGCACAGCAAAGUGUCCAUGAGCUGGAUACUAGGCCUCGGUCCCAGCCUCGGGCUUGUCCGUGUCCCUGGGGUCGGGUUAGUCUACACGGAAUUAGCAAGUGGUGUCCCUCACAUUUUCUCUCAUUUCAUCACCAACCUCCCCGCAAUUCAUUCGGUUGUAGUCUUUGUCUGCGUCAAGUACCUUCCGGUUUACACCGUCCCUGAAGAAGAGAGGUUUCUUGUGAAGAGAAUCGGACCAAAAACAUUCCGAAUGUUCCGCUGCGUAGCCAGAUAUGGUUACAAAGAUCUACACAAGAAAGACGAUGAUUUCGAGAACAAACUGCUGACUAACCUCUUCUCAUUCAUUCGAAUCGAAACUAUGAUGGAGCCAGCUUCAAACUCAAGCACCUACAGCAGCACGUAUUCCGUCAACAAUACACAAGAUUCCACCGUAGACUUGAUCCAUAACAACAACAACAACAACAACAACAACCACAACAACAACAACAACAUGGAUAUGUUCUCAUCGAUGGUGGACUACACUGUAUCAACUUUAGACACGAUAGUUCCCUCUGAUUCACCGCAUAACGCGGUGAGUUUCAGUCAGGACAACACCAUAGAGGAAGAGGAGACGGAUGAGUUGGAGUUUCUAAAGACUUGUAAAGAGUCAGGGGUUGUUCAUAUUAUGGGUAACACUGUGGUGAAAGCAAGAAAUGGAUCAGGGCUUCCAAAAAAGAUUGCGAUUGACUAUGUUUAUGCAUUUCUUGCUAAGGAUUACAGAUAAAGGGAAAUAAAAGGAUACCAGAUUU